AUGGCAGCCCCUCACGAUUGGACCGGCUCUCACCUGCCAGCUGCUUCGGAGGCAUCUUCAGACUGGUCCGCCUCGAGCAUUCCCGCCCAGAGCCCCGUCUCCAACUCUUUCCCCGAGUCCUAUUCUCUCGCCGAGUACGACCCUUUCGCGAGGUACGGGUCGUCUCUUCAUGGCCCUUAUGACCAUGGCGUCUACACUCCGCCGCAUGCCAGCCGCCCACCGAGCUUAGGGCCCUCCCUUCAUCCCCAAGAUGCCCCACGCCCGUUGGGUUUGGCGCGCCCACAGCCGAUCGCCGCCCCAUCACAGCAGUCCUCGUCCUCGCGCCGGGUCUCGACAUUUUCACAAUCGAGUCGUGCCUCGGGAAUCUCGACGCCGAAGCCCCAGAUGGAAGAUAAUGCCAGUGCCAGUGCCAGUGCCAGUGCCAGUUACGGCUCCUCUUCUCUGGGGCCCGCACACUCUAUUUCCCUCCGUCCGUCCCCGCCAUACAUGGACCCGGCGAUGCCAUAUUUCGGAAGCUCCCCGUUGUCAAGCUGGUCGAGGUCCGAAUCCGAGCCGGCUCCCGGUCAACUCUACGCGGAAGCGCACGGUCAAGACCCCGAGGCUGUCGCUGGCCAGCAGGAAGUCGCAUUCGGAUCUCGGCUACAGCAGCAGCAGCAGCAGCAGCAGCAGCACGAGCUUUCCCGACGGAAACGCAGCCCACGCCGGCUGACGACGUUGGAAGAGGCGAAUUUCCAGUGCGAAGUGCCGGGGUGCGGCAAGCUCUUCAACAGGAACUACAACUUCAAGGCGCACAUGGAGACGCACGACAAGAACCGGGAAUAUCCAUUUCCGUGCCAGGUCGAGGGCUGCAGGAAGAAGUUUGUGCGCAGGACGGACUUGCAGAGGCACCACUCCAGCAUCCAUGCCAAGGAGAAGAACCAUAAAUGCGAUUAUUGCGGGCGACCGUUUGCACGAAAAGACACGUUGCGCAGGCAUAUGGAAGAUGGCUGUGCGCGACGAUUCGACGUGGGAACUCUGGAUAUUCGCGCAUCGGAUACGUACGGUGGCCUCGGAACAGCCCACCGUCCAUUGGGAGUGGAAGCGACAAGCCAGGCGAUGUCGCCAAUGCCCCACCUGAGUACGCUGUCACGGAUGGCGACCCCGACGGGGCACUAUGAGACGACAAUGGUGAGAACAAGGAGUCUCGAGGGCUCUGGAGAGGGGAGUGGUACCCAGCAUCACAGUCAAGGGUACCGUGAACAGAACUUCUUUUCGCAUUAA